AUGGCACAUUCUCAGGCACCAGCCACUUCCGAUCGAAGAACUUUCGGUGAUCCCUGCAAGCCGCGAAGGAUAAUGCAGAUCAUGUUGGAAGCAGCACGUCUUGACCUUGGCACUGCCCUGAGGCCAUCAGCCAGCCAGCAGAAUGGACAGAAACGAUUCCUUUUGAAGUCAUCAGUAAACGUCAUGGUAUCGCCCAGCUGGCUCGGUUCUGCUACGGUAGGGACCCUACUGCGCGUUAUUAUACAAAUUGUCAUGUUUUGGUGUGCUUCGAGCGAGGUGUGCAAUCUGCUAUGGCGUCACCGUUCCCGUAUUAGGUGGCCUGCAGAGAGGGUCCAUCGCUGGUCCUCUCUUAGCAUGUAUGCGAGUAUGCCAUCGCACGGUAUUCUUGCAGCCCUCGGCCAACAGGAGUCGGUUUCGCGAGCAUAUGCGUCACAAAUACACGAGGACAUUACAGUACAUUCAUUACCGUUGGGGGCCAGUAUUGAUAACAUCAUACAUACAGUACAGCCACCAAAGAUCAGCAUGGUCACAGAGCGGUAUGCAAACCAGAUCGACUUCUGA